AUGACUUCUCGCACAGAAGCCAUGACUAGCGAGGAAUCGCAGGACAACUCGGCGAACGGGGCUGUUCACGAUGAACCCCGUACUAUUUCGUCAAAGAAACGCAGUAAAUAUCGCCAUGUAGCUGCAUAUCACUCCAAGCUACAACAUUCAAGUCUCAGUCGCGAAGCUGAUGUUUUGCCUAAUUUCCUGGGCUUUCGAAAUCUCAUGGUGCUGGUACUUGUGGCGAUGAACCUGCGACUGAUUAUUGAGAACUUCAUGAAAUAUGGUGUUUUGAUUUGUAUUAAAUGCCAUGACUACCGCAGGCAGGACGUCAUUCUCGGAUCUAUCUUGUUUGCUUCGGUGCCAUGCCAUUUGCUCGUUGCCUACAUCAUCGAACUGUCGGCAGCCACCGCAGCGAAGCAGACAGUGGGCCGCCAGAAGAAGACAGAUGAAGAAAAGGAGCGUGACCAAAAAGACUUUCAAUCAACAUGGCCGUAUACUGCUUUCCUGCACACAUUGAAUGCCACUCUGUGUCUCGCAGUGACCAGCUACGUGGUAUACUUCUACAUUCACCACCCGGGGAUCGGUACAAUCUGCCAACUCCACGCGAUCAUCGUAUGGUUGAAGAAUUGCUCGUAUGCCUUUACAAACCGUGAUCUCCGUCUCGCACUGCUGAAUCCCUCUGCGGACCCGGGUUUGCCUAAUAUCUACUCCACAUGCCCUUACCCGAGCAAUAUUACCAUCAAGAACUUGGGUUAUUUCUGGCUUGCCCCUACACUAGUCUACCAGCCUGUCUACCCACGGACUCCAUCCAUUCGAUGGUCGUUUGUCGCAAAGCGCCUUGCAGAGUUCGUGGGCCUUGCGGUGUUCAUCUGGCUCCUGUCUGCCCAGUAUGCGGCGCCGGUACUGCGGAACUCGAUUGACAAGAUUGCCGUGAUGGACAUUACCUCAAUCCUCGAGCGAGUGAUGAAACUGUCUACCAUUUCACUGGUUAUCUGGCUGGCCGGAUUCUUUGCAUUGUUCCAGGCACUGUUGAAUGCUCUGGCCGAGAUUAUGCAGUUUGGAGAUCGCGAGUUCUACACCGACUGGUGGAACAGCUCCAGUCUGGGUGUGUAUUGGCGAUCGUGGAACCGACCUGUUUACCUUUUCAUGAAGCGACACGUCUUCUCGCCCCUAGUGGGUCGUGGCUGGAGUCCUCUCGCUGCAAGUGGGAUGGUGUUCACGCUGUCUGCUAUUCUUCACGAAAUGCUCGUUGGUAUUCCCACUCAUAACUUCAUUGGUGUUGCAUUCUUGGGGAUGAUGUUCCAGCUACCAUUGAUCAUGCUCACCACGCCUUUUGAAAAAAUGCGCGGACCAUCGGGUAAGGUGAUCGGUAACUGCAUCUUCUGGGUUAGUUUUUGUCUUGUUGGACAGCCGCUUGGAGCUCUCUUGUACUUUUUCGCCUGGCAGGCUAAGUACGGGAGCGUGAGCCGCAUGGCACCUCUUAACGCGACAGUACUUGAGCCACUUAUUGUUCAUCUUAAUCUAAAACAACUUCACAUCAUGGUUGCAUUCAUUGUUCCUGGAAACUACGGCGCCGUCAUUGGCGUCGCUCUCGGCGCCAUUCCCGUCCUGGGAUUCAUUCACGGUUGUAUCACUGGCAGCCUGCGCAAGGAGGCUAAGGUACCCUACCCCCACAGCUAUGCCUCCAUGGAGCAGUGCAAGGAAAAUGCCAAAGCUGAGAAAUUCAACUGCGCUCAGCGCGCCCACACCAACUUUCUCGAGAACGCCUCCCAGACCAUGCUUUUCACCCUGGUCGCUGGUUUGAAGUACCCCGAGUAUGCUGCUGGUCUUGGUGCUCUGUGGGUGUUCUUCCGCGCUCUAUUCCUGUAUGGCUAUGUCUACUCCGGCAAGGCCCAGGGUAAGGGCCGCCUGAUUGGCGGGUUCUUCUGGCUUGUGCAGGGUGCGCUCUGGGGAAUGAGUGUAUUUGGCGUUGGACGGGACUUGCUUUCUUUCUAG